CGCCGGAGCCCCUCCUCCUCCUCCUCUUUAAAAGCCAUUCAGAGAACUCCUUCGUUCCACCUUAAGCGGGAGAGCGGACACAGGCGGCGGCGGCGGCAGCGGCAGCAGCAGCACCGGCGGCGGCGGCAGCGCCUCCUUAAGCGUCUCGCGGGUCCCGCUCGGGCGGCGGCGGCGGCGGAGCAGUAGGAGGAGGAGGAGGAGCAGGAGUAGCUCGCGCCCCUCUCCGCCGCCCCAGGCAGCCCUCCUCGGCGGGGUCCCCCUGUUGGAGGGCCAUGGCGGGCCCCGCUCCGGCCCCGGCCUCCUCCUCGUCCUGCUCCUCGUCGUCGUCCUCGUCCUCCUCCUCGUCGUCGUCGUGCUCGUCUUCGGCGGCGGAGGCCCCCCGCUACCAGGAGUGGAUCCUGGACACGAUCGACUCUCUCCGCUCGCGGAAGGCGCGCCCGGACCUGGAGCGCAUCUGCCGCAUGGUGCGGCGCCGCCACGGGCCCGAGCCUGAGCGCACCCGCGCCGAGCUGGAGAAGCUCAUCCAGCAGCGCGCCGUCCUCCGCGUCUCCUACAAGGGCAGCAUCUCCUACAGGAACGCCGCGCGAGUGCAGCCCCCGCGCAGGCCGGGAGGGGCCGCCUCCUCCGCCUCAGCCUCCCAGAGGCCCCCGCCGCCCCUCCCGCCACCGCCGCCCCCGCCGCCGCCCCCGCCCCCGCCUGCCCCCCGCAGGACCGGCAGAGAGCGGCCCUCUCCCGCCGCGGCGGCGGCGGCGUCGCAGCAGCAGGAGGACCCUCCUUCGUCGUCGUCGUCGUCGUCGCCGGUGAGCCUGAGGGAGAUCGUGCGCUACUUGGGCGGAGACGGAGCGGCGGCGGCGGGGGCGGCGGGGAGGGUGACCAGGGGCCGCGCGCAGGGGCUGCUGCUCCUCCAGGAGGAGAGGACGCGGGCGGCGGCGGCGGCGGCAGCAGCGGCAGGAGCAGGAGCAGGAGGCGGCCGGGCGGAGAGAGCAGCAGCAGCAGCAGCAGGAGGAGGGGGCGCUGCCGGCCAGUCCAGGGCGGCCCCCCGCGGGAACAAGAAGAGUGAGGAGGUCAAAGGUGAAGAGGAAGAAGAGGAUGAAGAGGAAGAAGAGGAGGAUGAAGUCUCUACAAUGUCAGAAGGUUCAGAAGUGGCACAAGAGUAUGACGCCAGCAACUACAGCCGACCUGGGCUUGCCCAGCUGAAUGGGGACUGUAAGGACAGCAAGCAUGGUGGGAAAGACAUCCCACCCAGCAGUGGCCUCAGCAGAGACCUGCGCUCCCUUGAGGAGCAGCCCUUGAGUAAAGGAUUGGAGCGACCCCGCCAUGAAGGAAGUGAGCAGUGCCACACAACAAAGGCUUCUUGGCCAGGAGAAAGUGCCUGUCCUCAUCUGGGAGGUAUCAAGAAAGAAGGCAGCACCACCUACCAGCAGCCGGACAGAGCAGUGUCACCAGCUGUUGCAGGGACUGAACCCUCUGUACCCUCCUCUCCUGGGAGACCUGGCAUCCAGGCAGAUGGGAGACCAUUCAGCUGCACCUCAGUAAAGGAAAAGCCUUCUGAUCCAGUGGAAUGGUCUGUGAGUGAUGUUGUGGAUUAUUUCACAGAAGCUGGGUUUGGUGAGCAAGCAACUGCCUUUCAAGAGCAGGAGAUUGAUGGGAAGUCUCUGUUGCUGAUGCAACGCACUGAUGUACUGACAGGUCUGUCCAUCCGUCUGGGUCCUGCCCUCAAGAUCUAUGAAUAUCACAUCAAGGUGCUGCAGCAGUGCCAUUUUGAAGAGGAUGAAGGCGACUCCUUCAUGGGCUGAAGAAAAUAGGCACAUCUUGUGAAGGGGUGAGGGUGGGGGAGAGAAGAUUGAGAUGUAAUGGAAACUCUUCCAACUGCUACUGUGUCGACCAUUUCAGCCUUCCUCUGCUUCCUUGAGAUCAAGACAGUAUCAGUGUGGAAACAGCAAAUACUUUGACCAGAUAUUGUGAUAGGAGGGAGGCAGAAAUGAUGAACACCCUGGCCUAGCGGAUUCUGUAUCUUGAUUGUCCGGGGGGGUGGGGGUGGGAGACUGGGGUGGAAGGGCUGCAAAAUCUUUUUCUUCUCCUGUCCUGUCUGUAUUAUCUUUCCCAAGGUGUUUUCACUUGCUAUAGUACAUUGUCUGUUUUGGGAAAGGUAGAAGAGAUCUGCUUUUGUUCUCCUCUUCCCGGCCUCAAUUUGAUUGAGAUAGUAUGUGCUUCAGCAUCCCUCUCUGCUCUCCUCCCUCCCAUCACAGUAGCACUUGAUGGCCCCAACUGCCCGCUCCCUUGUUGCUGUGAUUGACAAGACAAAAAUAGAGCCUGCUGGAGGUGUCAGGAGGUUUUAACGAAAUACCUUUUUAUUCUCUUUUCUGUUUGGGUAGACUUUCUUCCAGCUUUCAUGGUCAUUGCCCAGAGUCAACUGCUUUUUAUUAUUUCCUCCUUUCAUUUUUAAAAAAUACAAAUAUUUAAACUGGAAAAAAAGAAACCUGGUUGGUUUACUAUUCCUAGAUCUGUCAUCUUUCUCAGAAGACUAUGGAACAGCUAACACAAGUGUGCAUUUAAGGGAUAGAUGUGUUCAUGUAAGGAAAGUGGAAGUUCUGCAUUCGUCUCAGAGAGGGAGGGAGGGAGGGAAUAACGUGUUUGAUUUUGUUUUUGUUUUUUUGAAGGAGAGGUCUAGAAAGCAGGAGGGGUAUAAAGCCUAUUCUGACUGGCCUGUUGUUGCAGGUAGAUCUGAGUUCUGACUCACCUUCCAGUUUUUUAAUCAACUGGGGUUAAAGGUCAUUAAGCACUGCACAUUCAUCAUAAAGUUUAAAAUUAAGAAAAGCUUUGGAUGAUAGCAGAGGGAAAUAUAAUUGUCACAUACAUAAACACACAAACACACAUAGCUCAGGUAGUGUCUUAUGUAGGCACUAUAGUCGUCCAUAUCAGCAGUGUAAAUGCUCUGGGUUUUGUUUUGUUUUUAAAUGAGGGUGGUGGAUUAGAAGGGCAAGUGGCGUAGAACCUUAAAUCUCAGUUAAGGAAACAAGUAGGUGGAAGGUUUUGUUAUCCAAGAAACAGUUCACCACAUUCUUGGUGUUCUGAUGGCACACAGCUAAUAAUGUGAUUCCUCUGUUUGCUAAGGAAACACCUGUUGAACAAAUUAAUGUGGAGCUAAUAUAACUGCCCUGGCUAUGCAUAAAGAAUGAUAAAAAUGAGAACUUUCCUGAGGGUGCUGACAACUCUUGUUUAUCAGAUUUUGGAGUCAUAUACAUACCUUCAUUUCCUAAGGGUUCCUUGUUUGAGAGCCAUGACAGAUGAUGUCUGAAACCGGUCUAAAUGUGGAAUGUCAAUAGGCCUUUAAUGCAAUGUGACCAUUAUGGAGUAGGCAGGCACCUGCUCUGUUCUGUUGUUUCCAGGACACACAGAAUCGUAUGUCCAUAGACACCCCUUCCUUAUGCAUGCCUAGAGGAAUGCAGACUUAGGUCUAAUCUGCACUUCAGAAAUAAUGCAAUUUGACAUCGCUUUAACUGUCAUGGCUCAGUGCUAUGGAAUCUUGGGUUUUGUAGUUUAUUAUGACACCAGAGCUCUCUGACGGAGAAAGCUAUAUAUCUCACAAAACUACAAAUCCCAGAAAUCCAUAACAUUGCACUAUGGCAGUUAAAGCGGUGUCAGACUACAUUAAUUCUGUAGCGCAGAUUAGACCUUAGAUGCACACCAAAUUUAUGUUAUCAAAUUUUUAUUUGGAACUAUGAGGGCUAGAAACUUGCUGUUUGCAAUUUGAAAGGAGAGGUUCUCAAUGUUGUAGCACAAAAGUGCCUCGGGGCUUACAUACUGGCUGCAUGUUGCCCCCUAUUGCACUAGACCCUACUAUUUUGUCCACAGCUGGGAAUAAAAAAAACAAUUUUGGGUUCUAA